UAGUUCGCAGUUAGAAGGCCAACGGGCGGCGAUCUGCAUUUUAAUAUUCAUUAAUUAAUUAUUAUAGUCUAUAAUAAUAUAUUAUUAUUAUGUUCACAGUCAGUUAAUUUUAUUUGAUCAUCUCCGAGGAUCAUCCCAAUUCUUUUGUUUUUAUCAUAGUAAUCGUCCAUAAUGGUAUUCUGAUGCGAGUUCUACAAACAUAGUAUUUGAAAUCGUUCUGUGUAAUAAAAUAUAUAUACAGUUAGAUUUAUUUUACAAAAUUGCAUAGUUGUUAUUUUUGUUGAAAUGGCCAAUCAACCAUAUGACGACAUGGAACUAACAGCUGAAAAGGAAUUAGAUGCAUUAAUAGUUGCUAGUCAAAUGGAGUCAAAUUUUGAUAUAGAUAAAAUAUUGAAUGAUAAGGCUAAGAAGAGAAAGUUUACUAAAACAAAUGUCAAGAAUCUUAUCAAGAAUGUAAUUACAAAUGCUGAUGUAGCUACAAUGUUGCGACAAACUUUAGAUGACAAUAUAGAUGCAAAUUGUUUAUAUGAACCAAAAUUUACAAGAGCAAAAAUAAGAGAAAUGUUAAAUACUUAUCCAUCUUCAGGUUCUACAAACCAGCAACAAUCAAUCUUAUCAGAAUGUACAUCAUUGAUUGAAAAGGAAUUUCCCGAUGAUUCUGAAGAUGAAGAGUAUCAUCCAGACAAAAUGUUUGAGGAGGAAGAAGAUGAAGACGAUGAUGAUGAAUUUAAAUUAACAGAAAUUAAUAAAUCAUUUGAUACAGAUAAUGAUCAAGAUAUUAGUGAUAAUAAAACUGUAGUUGAUGUAAAUGUAAAGGAAACAAUUGGAAUGCGUACUAGGUCAAAAUUGUCUUUAAAUGAUACUCCAUUAGAAAUUAUAGAACAAGCUUUUAUACCGCCAGAUAUAACCGAGGAUAUGUAUGAUUCAGCUUGUGAAAACGAUGAAUGGAUGGAGUUUCUUAGUGAAUUUACAAAGCCUUUAGAGUCUGUUCAAAAUGAUGACGGUGAAGAUGACCCUGAGUAUAAUGUUCUUGGCGAUGAUGAUUUUACUAAUGUCGAUAAAGAAGAAUUUCGGAUUGAUAAAUCAGUUAAGGUCACUCGUAAGGAGUAUAAUGAUUUAAUGAAUGAAUUGAAUGCAUUUACUGAAAGCUUCCUUGAGUUCAAUGGUGUAGAAAAAUUGGAAACUAAUACCGAUAUUAAAGAAACUGAUAAUGAUAAAAAUACAGAUAAACAUAAAAAUGAUACUCAAUCUAUUCCUUCUUAUGUCUGUAUUCCAAAUAACUAUUCAGAUGGGAAAUCAAGCACUAAUUUUACUUUUCAAAAUAAAAAUGCUGUUAAACGUACAAAUGUUACUAUAUCUAAUCCAGUGUUUAUGAUAAAUUAUUGUAAUGGGAAAUCAAGUACCAAUUGCUCUACAAAUAAUUAUGCAGAACCAAUAGAAGUGGCCAGAUAUAAUACACAAAUAGAUAAACAAUUUAAUGUUUCAGAGUUUAACAAUAGUUUACUUAGUAUUAAUGAACAACUUGAAAAGCGUAUACAUCCUCCUUUUCCAACAUUUAAAGAAAAUGUUCAGUUAGGCUUUGAACAGCAUAAUAAUAGUAAUGAAGAUGUUUCUGUGAUAACAAAUAUAGUUCCUCAAUAUGUAAAUAUAAGUAAUCGAGUAAAUAUAAUGACACAAAAACAAAUAAUUUUAUUUAAACAACAACUCACACAACAUGUCCAAUUAAUAACUCAAAAUUACUUGUUAUGCACAAUGUCAAAAAAGUUCCAAAUUAAUUGCAGAAAAUAUAAAAUUAUGUUGGAACUAAUAAAGGAUAUAUGUAAAGAUAAAAAGUAUGCACCAAUUAACACACAUUCCGCUUUAAAGUUUAUUCGAGAUUGGACUGAAUUUAAAACCGAUGAGAGUGAUAUUAAUAGUGAUUUUGUUGUACUACCAUUACAUGUGAAAGAAUUUAUGCUAUAUUAUGAUGAACCUGUAUUUAUCUAUCCUCAAUUGUUACCAACAAGAACUUACCAUCAUGAAUAUAAAAAUCAUCCUAUUGGACCUUCAGAAGAAAAACUUCUGGUAUUAAAAAUAGAUUAUAUUUAUACGAAUUUGAAAGAGGGUUGUAAUACUCGAGCAAAAUAUAGAAAAAAGAAUUUAUCUGAUUUAAUGCCAAUGAUAAUAAAAACUGUACAUAAAAGAUGGUUUUCAAACAGAAGUUUAAUAUAUCUAAAACAGUACAUAACGCGUCAGAAGAACUCAUUUGAAAUGAAUGUUAUUAAGAAUUAUUUAACAUAUGGUAAAAUUGAAGAAUCUUCUUAUGUUAUUGACAUUAAAGCUCUGUUUAAAGGAAACCGCUUAUACGAGUGUGAUGUUCGAAAGUUUCCAUCAAGUUGGAAAUGUAUCAGAAAUCAAUUGAAGCUAAAAAAAUAGUAUUUUUUUUCUUGGUUAUCAGCCUUGAAGACCAGCCCUAAAUAAUAAUUUUCUAAGCUAACUACUACUAUUAUAUUAAUUUUUAUAUUAAAAAUGUUUAAAAUAAAGAAAAACAAUUGAUUAAAA